AAUUCUAUAUGAGCGCGAGCGGCGGGAGCUUGGGUCUUUUUACCGCCGGCUGCGAGACGCUUCUUCCUCAAUCCUGAGUCACUGCGAGACCCGGCCUGGCGCAGGUUUGCUGCAGUCUGGAAAUAUGGCAGACAUUGACAAUAAAGAACAGGCUGAGCUUGACCAGCAAGAUAUGGAAGAUGUUGAAGAAGUAGAAGAGGAAGAAUCUGGUGAGGAUGCUAACAGUAAAGCACGCCAACUAACUGUACAAAUGAUGCAGAAUCCUCAGAUUCUUGCAGCCCUCCAGGAAAGGCUUGAUGGCUUGGUUGGAACGCCUACAGGAUAUAUAGAAAGCUUGCCUAAAGUAGUUAAGAGACGAGUAAAUGCACUCAAGAAUCUUCAAGUUAAAUGUGCACAGAUAGAAGCAAAGUUUUAUGAAGAGGUUCAUGAACUGGAAAGAAAAUAUGCUACCCUUUAUCAGCCCUUAUUUGACAAGAGAAGUGAAAUAAUCAAUGCUGUUUAUGAACCCACUGAAGAAGAAUGUGAGUGGAAAACAGACGCGGAAGAAGAAAUUUCAGAGGAAAUGAAAGAGAAGGCCAAGCUUGAAGAGGAGAAAAAAGAUCAAGAAAAAGAUGAUCCUAAAGGAAUUCCUGAAUUUUGGCUGACAGUAUUCAAAAAUGUUGAUUUACUCAGUGAUAUGGUUCAGGAACAUGAUGAACCUAUCCUGAAGCAUUUAAAAGAUAUUAAAGUGAAGUUUUCAGAAGCUGGAGAACCCAUGACUUUUACUUUAGAAUUCCACUUUGAACCCAAUGAAUUUUUUACAAAUGAAGUAGUAACAAAAACAUACAGAAUGAGGUCAGAACCUGAUGAUUCUGAUCCUUUCUCCUUCGAUGGACCAGAAAUUAUGGGCUGCACAGGGUGUCAAAUAGACUGGAAGAAGGGGAAGAAUGUUACUUUGAAAACUAUAAAGAAGAAACAAAAGCACAAGGGCCGUGGAACCGUUAGAACAGUGACAAAAACAGUUUCCAACGAUUCCUUUUUCAACUUUUUCAGUCCUCCAGAAGUUCCUGAAAGUGGAGACUUGGAUGAUGAUGCUGAAGCAAUUCUUGCAGCUGAUUUUGAAAUUGGCCAUUUUCUACGGGAGCGCAUAGUUCCACGAUCAGUAUUGUAUUUUACAGGAGAAGCCAUUGAAGAUGAUGACGACGAUUAUGAUGAAGAAGGUGAGGAAGCUGAUGAUGAGGAAGGGGAGGAAGAAGCAGAUGAAGAAAAUGAUCCAGAUUAUGACCCAAAGAAGGAUCAAAACCCAGCAGAAUGCAAGCAGCAGUGAAACAGUGUGUAUGUGGCCUUGAGGAUUAUCUGCACUGUAAUAGCCUAAAUACAACUAUUAGUUACUUACAGCCUUAUGUUUUGUAUCUUGGUAGAAUUAAGUAAAUAUUUUGUUAAAACAAACUGACAGAACCCGGUUUAAAAUGUAGGUUCCUUGUACCUAGCAUUUUAAUAGUACUUUUCUGCCAAUAUGUAGAAUGCAGUAAAUCCUAAAGCAUGAAUUGUUAAUUCAUUGCUAUAUAUAGUUUGGUUCUAGUGACGUCUGUUGUCAUGUAGCUAUUAGACUGCAGCUGUGAAGAUAUCAGAACUCUUGACGGAGACCACUAUUUGUUUAGAAAAGAUCUUUUCCCAGAGAACCAACCAAAGUAUUUUUUGGCCCAGUAGUUUAAAUGGGUUUAAGUCUGCUUGCACUGGCUGUGCCUUCAUUAUUUUGUCAUAGAAAUAGCAGUGACUUGUACUAAUUAGGAAAUGACAUACAUUUUCAAAUUUCAUAACUUCCAUAUAAACUGUUAAUUUCCAUCAAGACCACAUUGAAUGUUCAUAAUUGUCUGCUUGUUUAUGCUCUAGGUUUUUGUAUUUUGUGAUGGUGACCUAAAUCUCUAGAAACAUCAUAUUAAGGUUGUUUAUCACUGGGAUGUGAAUAAACCUAGUAUUUUCAGAAA